CAGCCCAGGCAGCGCGCCUGCAAAUCGUGCUUCCGCCGUUCAAUUGGAACUCAGCUGUAGAGGGAGCCUGCAGAGUUUCAGUGUGUUGGUUCAACCGCAGUGAGGAAAGAUGGCAGAAUCCGAGCCAAAAUUUAGUGGGGCCGAGUAUUUCGAGGGAGUGGAAAAGCUGCUGGAAAUCUGGUUCACGCACACGGACGGCAAGGCCAAAAACUGCGACCUGCGGUCCAUUCCGAGGAACAAAUGGGAGAGCUUGCUGCAGAUUGUGCACUGUGAAGUUAUCAGCUUCUCCAGUAAUGAACUUGUUGAUGCUUACGUCUUGAGUGAAAGCAGCAUGUUCAUCUCAAAGAAUAGAUUCAUCUUGAAGACCUGUGGCACCACUACCCCUUUGCAGUGCUUGGAACCUCUCAUCAUGUUGGUGAAUCAACAUGCUGGAUUUAAUUCCUAUGAGGACGUUUUCUAUUCCAGAAAGAACUUCAAGCGUCCCGACCUGCAGAAAUCCCCUCACAGAACCUUUGAUGAAGAAGUUGAACUUUUGAAUGCAAUUUUUAAAGAUGGCUCCUCCUACUGUCUUGGUGAAGAAGACUCUGAAUGUUGGUAUUUGUACACUCUUCAUCCAAACAAUGUUCCUCAGUUGGCCCAACCUGAUCAGACUUUGGAGAUUCUGAUGUCAGAUCUUGACCCCAAGGUUAUGAGCCUUUUUACCAAAGCCAGUUCAUCUUCAGCCUUGGAAGCAACAAAGAAAUCUGGAAUAGAUAAACUCAUUCCCAACAUGCGCAUUGAUGAUUUCCUCUUUGACCCUUGUGGCUAUUCCAUGAAUGGGAUCACCAAGUCUGGAUAUUAUAUGACUAUUCACAUAACACCAGAGUUGGAGUUUUCCUACGUCAGCUUUGAAACCAACAUCCCUCAAUCAUCUUACAAGGAUGUCAUCUCACGUGUGAUUGAGACAUUCAAGCCGGGGAAGUUUGUGGUCACUAUUUUUGCUAAUAAGGCCUCUCCUGCUUCGGCCUCUACUCAUGAAAUGCAAAAGCUCUCCCGUUUUGGGCCAUGGAUGCAGCGCGACAUUCAGUUCUGCCGCCUCAACAACUACGACUUGACCUACACUUUCUACUCCAAAUUCCCUAGCUGAGAUUUUCUGUUGGCUCGCCUCAGGCCUGCAAAGGCCUCGCGGAGCCCCGUUCUAUCAAUUAGUUUAAUUUCCUCCAAUGUAACACUACCUCUCUUUGUGUGCUUUGCAUUUGUUUUAAAUUAUUCACCUCUCGUAGCAUUCAUGGCCACCCUGCUGUUGGUCCAGUGGAUGUGUCACAACGCAUAUAUACAUAGAUAUAGAAAAAUGUAUUACAUGUGGUAUGAGAAAAUUUCAUGAGAAAGGGCUUUGUUUGAAUUUAAUCCUUUAGCAAAUGGAUAUGUUGUGUGUCCUCAUAGUUGUUCCUAUCUUGUUAAGUUUGGUUCAGAGUUGAUUGUCGCAAGCUUAAGUUUAAUUAGAUGACAUUUGCACGUUGGAAAGGUUGUGCCUCAUAAAUAUGAGCCAGUGCCUUUUCAACCUAGCUGAUAAAAUUAUUUUCCAUUGACAUUUUAGAGGAUAGUCCAAAUUUUAUUGGUUGAUUGUUGUUAGUUUCCUCAUUAGUAUGGUGACAGCCUGUGCUUUUUGCAGGCUGUCCGUUCAGUUGUUUCUGCAAUAUAUAUAUAUAUUUUACUUAAUUGUUGUUCUUUGUCACAUAGCAAUCUUAUCUCACAAUACUUUCUUGACAAAGUCUUUUCAAGUUAUAUAGUAGGGUGAGUUUGUUGGUUAUCAGAUAAGCUGUGAUGCAAUUUAGGCAUUCCAAUUGAUCUUCCUUCAGUACUACGAACGGCUACUUAACUAGUGCCAGUUUGUGGGAGAGAGAGAAAGAGAGCAAUCUUAGCUGCUGUUUGGAGUGUUGUGCAUAUGCUUACCCUUUCAUAUUUCUCUCCUGUUGAAUUGCAUUGUUUGAAGUUGUUCUUCCCUUAUAUUGUGUUUGGAACAAGUGUUUAUUUUUUUUUGUGGCACAACAUUGCUUGCAACAAUAGGUGCUGCCCUCUUUUUAUUUUCCCUCCAGGCAUUGGUUUCUGUCAGCAGCUGGCUCUUAGUAGAUGACUGUAUUUUUAUUGAUGACUUGUCUAGAUGUACUAAUGGUAACCUGAAGUUGUUGAAAGUACCUGUUAGUUCUUUUUAAUUUGCUGUCUCUCAAUUCGCUCAAGAAUUCUGGGUUUUACUUCUUCAUAACUUUAAAAAAAAAUUAACAAGUUUAAUCUCUCCUCUUUCUGCAAACUACACCACUUGGCCCUUUAAAAGUAAAAUUGGUGAAGAAAUCUUGAGCUCUGUCUUGGAGGCUGCUUAAAAGAACUUGCCAGAUGCAGGGAUGUCUUCCAUGCCAAGCUGUAUGUGUGGAACCUGCUCUGCCUUUGACAUUGUGUGUUUUUUUAAAACCUUUUUUAACUUCUCAAGAAUUAUGCAGUAUUUCGUAGUCAUUUUAUUUUGUGAUAGUUCAAUUUAAGACUAAGUGAGCUUUGUCAAUUUCGAAAUUUAAUGAUUAUGUUCAGGUCAUAGAUCUGACAGUAACUGAUGACAUGCUCUGUGAUUUAUUUUUUCCUCCCUUUAGUUUAUGGUUUAGUUGCUUUUGGCAACUCCACUUUGUGAUUGCAUUUUUUGUGUGUUAAGAAAUAUGUUGGCUCAACAGAGCUCUUGACAUUUUUUCUUUUCACCCUUAGGCAAAACUUAAUUUUGAAGCCAGAAAAUUAGGCUCCAAGCGCUUACUGGUUUACAUUAAACCAUAGGUUAUCUUGUUUAAUGCUUAGUUAGAUCCUGUUGUGAAGCUUGUUUUCAACAAUUGUGCUACUGACAUGUUAAUUAAACUCAUGUUCUGGUAGUCCUAGAUUUCUUGUGAUCUGACAAGGAGGCUUGAUGCAGUCCCUCCCUCUCAGCAUUUGAUUUGUUAGCUGAGUUUAAUUUUAUGGUGUCUUAUGCUCACCAUAAAUUCAAGCUGUAGGAAAUUUAAAUGUGCUUAUCAAGUGCAUACCAUUUCUCUGAAUUUCUCACUUGUUAACAUUUUUCUAUAUCAUUGUUUAUGUGCGCCUCUGUAUCAUGAAGUUGUUUGUUCUGAAUAGACCUUGUGAUAGUACAAUUUUUAGUCUGGUUUUAAUCUGAUGAAUUGCUUUUCUCUGGAGAAAUAGGGAUUUAAUUUGUCAAGUGCUUAGUCAUGAAAGAUUGGAAAACCAAUGCAAUAAGAACGCAAGACUUACUCUGUGCCAUUUUCUUUUACUUUUUUUUUUAAAAAUAAGUGUCCUUUCUAAGUGGGCACAGACAACUGAAUAAUGUUGUUAUGUGAGUGUUGUUUGAUCUAUCAAAUCUGAUAGAAUGAUGGGAACUGGCUCAAUAGUUGUAGUUAACAGAACUUCAGCUACUUCCUAGUUUGAUGACCCAAGUUUGGUUCAUGAAGUGCUGAAAGAAUUGCAGGCGCACAGAGAGGUAGAAUUACUAUUUUUGUCACUAACACUUCUCUUCUACCUCAGUUCUAACUUGCUCACAGAAUAUAUGGAGAUGGAAUUGAACUGUUUGGUGACCCACCAGAGAACCAUGACAUAUAAUCAUGUUCUUUUAAUUUAUUCUAACCUUCUAUUCAUAUAAGUAGCUUUGUUCUUAACUGAGCUACCUUGACAAUUAAGUUUCACAAACAUGGGGUUCUAUCUUUAAUGUAGAAUUCACAUAGCAAUCAAGGUGUUAAGCCCCAAGUACAUUUCAAAUUGUGUACCAUUUGCAUUCUUGCUUGUUCAGCUCCUCAUGUAAAAUUGUCUAUGUGUAUUUUGUAAUUAAAGAUACAUCUGAGA